CGCGCCGCACAUCAAGCCCCACCCACCGUGGGUCUUCUGAGCCCUCCGGGCACCCGUCGCGGAGGAAGCGCGCUCUGCGGAAAGGGGCGGGCCUCGCACGCGAAGGCGGCUGGUUUGAAAAGUGACAACAGUUGGAGGCUUUUGGUUUGUUAUUUCGCUUGUCUCCAGUCGUCUGAGAGCUGCUGCGACCGCAGAAGGACCUUGCCGAGCCAUUCCUGAGUCUGCAGAGGAGGAGACCUCAGAAUGGAGACCCUGUCGUUCCCCAGAUACAAUGUAACUGAGAUUGUGGUUCAUAUUCGAAAUAAAAUACUAACGGGAGCUGAUGGCAAAAACCUCUCUAAGAAUGAUCUCUAUCCAAACCCAAAGCCUGAGGUCUUGCACACUAUCUACAUGAGAGCCUUACAGAUAGUGUAUGGGAUCCGGCCGGAGCACUUCUACAUGAUGCCGGUGAACGUAGAAGUCAUGUAUCCACAACUAAUGGAGGGCUUUUUACCAAUCACAAAUUUAUACUCUCAUCUGGCCUCCUUUAUGCCCAUCUGCCGAGUGAAUGACUUUGAGUUCUCUGAUCUUCUGUAUCCAAAAGGCAAACGGACAAUGCGGUUUUUGAGUGCCAUUAUCAACUUUAUUCACUUCAGAGAAGCAUGCCAGGAGACGUAUGCAGAAUUUCUUUUGGAAAAUAAAUCCUCUGCAGACAAAAUGCAGCAGUUAAGGAGUGCGCACCAGGAAGCAUCGAUGAAAGUGGAGAAACUCGAGUCAGUUCCAGUUGAAGAGCAGGAAGAGUUCAGGCAGCUUAUGGAUGAGAUUCAAGAGCUGCAGCACUUGCUGAACCAUGAGUUUAGGCAGAAAACGGCAGUGCUGCAAGAGGGAAUUGCCCAAAAGAAAUCAGCUAUUUCAGAAAAAACGAAGCGUUUGAAUGAACUAAAGCUGUCAUUGGCUUCUUUGAAAGAAGUUCAAGACAGCUUGAAAAGCAAAGUUGUGGACUCUCCCGAGAAGGUGAAGAACUUGAAAGAGAAGAUGAAAGACACUGUCCAGAAGCUCCAGAGUUCCCGGCAAGAAGUGAUGGAGAAGUAUGAACUCUAUAGAGACUCUGUGGAUUGCCUGCCUUCCUGUCAGCUGGAGGUGCAGUUAUAUCAAAAGAAAAUCCAGGACCUUGCAGAUAACAGGGAGAAACUGAGCAGCAUCUUGAAGGAGUGCUUGAACUUGGAGGACCAGAUUGAAAGUGAUUCAUCAGAACUAAAGAAACUGAAGACUGAAGAAAACUCACUCAAAAGACUGGUGACUGUGAAGAAGGAGAAGCUUGCCACCACACGUUUCAAGAUAAACAAGAAGCAGGAAGACGUGAAGCAGUACAAACGGACAGUGAUCGAAGAUUGCAAUAAAGUUCAGGGAAAAAGAGAUGCUGUCUGUGAGCAGGUAACCACCAUUAAUCAAGAGAUCCAGAAGAUUAAAUCUGGGAUUCAGCAACUAAAAGAUACCGAGAAAAGGGAGAAACUGAAGUCUCAGGAAAUCUUUGUCAACUUGAAAAGCGCUCUGGAGAAGUACCAUGAGAGCAUUGAGAAGACCACGGAGGAGUGCUGCACUAGAACAGAAGAGAAGACUGCCGAGCUGAAGAAGAGGAUGUUCCGAGUGCGGCCUUGAUCCACACAGGCAGCCAGCCCUCCAGUACACCGCCUUCCCGGCAGUGUAGUUACAGCAAUACCGAUAGAAGUACCAGCACGUCCGCUAACUUACCCGGUCACCUGGUCAUCGCUGGUUCCCGUUUCCCUUUGGCGUAGUUACAGCAAUACCGAUAGAAGUACCAGCACGUCCGCUAACUUACCCGGUCACCUGGUCACCCACCGUUGGUUCCCGUUUCCCUUUGCUGUGCUUUUAUAGGCUGGUGUGCUCCCUGUGUUUUUUCUUUGUGUUUUAGAUACCAAAAAUAAUAGGAUAGCAAAUAAAGGCAGAAAUACUUAAUAGAUAGAAUUUUGAGAAAUUGUUCAGUAUCCAAUAGGCAAGAGGUCUAGUAAUUGAUAUUCAAAGGUAAAAUGAAGGCAUUCUUUUGGUUGGUGUGACUUUUCCUAAGCACACGUUGUUAAAUGACAACUAAGGUUUUAGGAUUAAGCUAUGUCAUAAGCAGAACUGUUAAGUAUUUUUUUUUUUUAACCUUUCACUUAUACCAUGAAUAAACUUG